GACGAUGGGACUCCCGGCAUGCCUCGCGGCGGCGGGCUCAUGGCACCAGGGGCGCGGCUGCUCUUCCUGCUGGCCGUGUGGACGCUGGCUGUUCUGGCCCGGCGCGGCGCCGGGAAGGCGGGCGAUGGAGGGUGGCAGCGGCCCGGACCCGGGGCGCCGGCGGCCCUGGCGGAGGAGCAGCGCUGCGCCGUGGAACGUCGGGCGGACCUCAGCUACUCCGAGUUCGUGCAGCAGUACGUGCGUCCCCUCGCACUGGCCACCCCUCCCACACCCCACUACGCCUUCUCCAGACCCGUCAUUCUGCAGGGGCUCACAGACAACUCGAGGUUCCGGGCUUUGUGCUCCCGAGAAAGGCUACUGGCCUCCUUUGGGGACAGCGUGGUUCGGCUGAGCACUGCCAAUACCUACUCCUACCGGAAAGUGGACCUGCCCUUUCAGGAGUAUGUGGAGCACUUGCUGUAUCCCCAGGACCCUACCUCCCUGGGCAACGACACCUUGUAUUUCUUUGGGGACAACAAUUUCAGCGAAUGGGCAUCGCUCUUUCAGCACUACUCCCCACCACCAUUUAGUCUGCUGGGUACCACUACUGCUUACAGUUUUGGAAUCGCAGGAGCUGGUUCUGGGGUGCCCUUCCACUGGCAUGGGCCCGGGUUCUCAGAGGUGAUCUACGGCCGCAAGCGCUGGUUCCUAUACCCCCCUGAGAAGACACCCGAGUUCCAUCCCAAUAAAACCACGCUGGCCUGGCUUCAAGACAUGUACCCAACCCUGGCACCAUCUGCAAGGCCCUUGGAGUGCACUGUCCAGGCUGGUGAGCAGGUGCUGUAUUUCCCUGACCGGUGGUGGCAUGCCACGCUCAACCUGGACACCAGUGUUUUCAUCUCUACCUUCCUCAGCUAGCCAGAGUGGGCGGCUGGUGAUGCCGCUGGGCGUGAUGCAUGGUUCCCGCAUGAGCUCAAAGCUGAUCUUGCCACAUAGAUAGUCCGGGAUAUCUCGCUUCUGCAGCACAUGGGGUGAGGUCAGGCACCAGGAUGGGGACGCUGGUCCAACUCCUGCUACCCAGAGGACAGACAGCUUACCUUUCUCUUCUCAUCCACCUGGGAGAAAAGCUCAUCCAUGUCUGCUAAAUACUUGUCCUGCGAAGAACCAAGCAGCUACGCGUGGGCCAGAUGCCCCAUCCCCCUCCCCCGGGCACACGCUCCCAUCACAGGCACGCAAACAUGUACACAUCCACACGUGGGCUGGGGCACCCUCACGUGCUUGGCCUCGAUGCAGGCCUGCUGGGCCCGGAUGUGGCCAUCGUCCUCAUCACCGUCGUGGUUCCGCUGACAUUCUUCUAGUUCCCUGGGGGUUGACCAGGAGCUAGUCAGAAAUGGUCUGGCCAGAAGAGAUCACACUCCACCCCAACCUUGGGCUCGUUCAGGUCUUGCCUUCCCUCCAUCUCCUGCUUGCCAGUAUUGGCCUUCAAUAAACACUUGUGUUCUUGACUCAGAGUUAA